AAUAAAAUACUGGGUUUGGCUAUUUAUUGCUGCAAAGGACUCAUUUCAAUAAAUAUUCUGAAAUUUUCCAAACUUCAAACAUGAUUCUCAUACUAUCAUGUCUUUCUCGUAAUUAGAAAACGACUACUCCGUAAAUCCCUUGGUGCAAAAAUCAAUUGAAAACAUCAGUUUUUUCUUUUCUUUUCGUUUUGUGAAAUUUAAGGUUUGCGAUUCGUUAUAUGCAACCUGCUGGUAGAGAAUUGGAAGCCAUGAACAUCAAUUCCUUGCUGAAUCAAGAACAAUCACUCCAAGAAAUGCAUAAUCAUCAAAAUGGUCAACCACAGAUGUCAUCCCACUUCGAUCCGGUGUCGUCACAUGAUGAUUUCCUCGAACAGAUGAUGUCGUCUAUUCCAUCUUCCAACUCCAGUUUUAACUGGGAUGUGUCCUCCGUCGCGGGUCGAGCCGACCACGCGCCGCCUUCGAGUCUGCUUAGCCAGUUUGAUGACCAGUCGGCGCAGUUGGUUUCAAAGCUGAGGCAGCACCAGAUCAGCAGCGGCGCAACCAAAGCCUUGAUGCUUCAGCAGCAGUUGUUGCUUUCCCGACGGCUCGCCGGAAACGGCCUCCAGUCGCCGACGGGGGUCUCCGGCGGGGAGAGUGGGCUCCUGCAGAUGCCUAUAAGUCUUAAUAAUAAUGGUGACCACACCGAUGUCGUUGACGGCUCCCUCCAAUCUGCUAAUCCGGCUAAUGAUACAUCAAUGCAAAGUUUAUUCAAUGGAUUCACUGGAUCUCUCGGUCAAACUGCAAAUCAAUCUCAGCAUUUCCACCACCCUCAGAAUUUUGGAGCAACAGCGGCUCCGUCGAUGAAUCAGCAGGCGGCAAGUGGUUCAACCGGCGGAGGGACGCCGGCGCAGCCUAGGCAGAGGGUGAGAGCAAGGCGAGGACAGGCCACAGAUCCUCACAGCAUCGCCGAAAGAUUACGCAGAGAGAGAAUUGCGGAGAGAAUGAAGGCUUUGCAGGAGCUUGUACCUAAUGCUAAUAAGACGGACAAGGCCUCAAUGCUGGAUGAGAUCAUAGACUAUGUAAAAUUCCUCCAGCUUCAAGUCAAAGUUCUUAGCAUGAGUCGGUUGGGCGGUGCUGCAGCAGUUGCACCCUUAGUUGCUGAUAUGUCAUCUGAGGGAAGAAGCAGUAACGGAAUACAAACGGCGUCAUCAUCUGACAACAAUGAAACCAUGACGGUGACGGAGCACCAGGUGGCUAAGCUGAUGGAAGAGGACAUGGGCACCGCCAUGCAAUACCUCCAAGGGAAGGGGUUGUGCCUCAUGCCGAUCUCAUUAGCCACCGCCAUCUCCACUGCCACGUGUCGCUCCAGGAACCCUAUAGCAACGUCCAACAACCCACUUUUAAGUGGCGAGGCAGGUGGGCCAUCUUCCCCUAGCAUGUCGGUUUUGACCGUCCAAUCUGCCGCAAUUGGUGGUAACGGUGUAGUAGACGCCUCCGUUAAAGACGCGACUUCCGUUUAAUUGAUUGAUCUUCACUGCUUUCAAACGGCGUUGACUGUUAUCUAACCCUUUUCUUUUGGAAGAAUGAAUAGUGAUGAAAAUAAGUGUGAAAGUCAAAAUGUUAUUAGUUUUUAUGGCCUGUAUGAACUUUCAGCGUCCGACAAGUCUACCAAAAUAAGGUUCCCUUUUAAUCUCAUCAGAGAGUAUGAAACGGCGCCGUAUUUAUGUAGACUUGGCUUAAGUGUAUUUUAACUUGAGCUAAAUCCCAUUAAGUUCUUGCUUUAUUCUUUUUAACUUAUUUGAAAAAGAAGUAUUUCCAUAA